CCGGGAUGGUUCGACCCGGCGGCGGCGGCCGCCUCCCUCGUGACCGGAAGUGAGGAAGCGGCCAGGCAGCCGCGGCCGGCGGUGAGUGGCGGCUGAGGGAGGCGCCGGGCUGGGACCCCGCUUCGUCGGUUUGCCGCCGCCUGUCUUCCGGGGGACUCCGGGCAACGGACGUGGCCUUCCUCGGGGCCUUUUCUUCCCCGUCGGGCGCUUCAACGUUACAACAACCCUGCGAGAUGCCAACCUAUUGACUCAGGUAUUCUGGAUAUUGACUCAUUCAAUAAGAAGCAAGUAAUCGUUUGCCCUAGGAACAGAAUGUCUUCGGCCUUCCCUAAGAAUAGCAUUGGAUUUGACUUUCCACUUCCAGCAUGGCUUCAACUACGCCAGCUGUGGAAAACUGCCCGCAAAGCACUUUCAAGACAACUGGAAAGAUGAAUUUGUUGUCUGUUACAGGGAACAGCAAGACACGUGGCUUGGCUGGUUCAGUUUGGAUUGCAUGAAAUUGUCUGCUGUUUCGUAACCAGAUAACUGAUUUCCCUUUUGGCAAAUUGGAAGAUAGGUGGAACAAAAAUACCCUAUGCUGGUUCCGUGUAAUGAGAGGAGAACUCCUAAUUGUUUGGUAUUCUUGGAAGUUUCCACAGAAGUGUGCAGUCAAGCAAGUUGAUGCUCUGUUUAUGUUUCACGAUGGAAAUUGUUUCUCUUGCAGAUUUUGGCUUUUCAUCCCAUAGCCAUUGAUCCUUUUACAUGAAGGACUCCGUCUGUAUCUGAACAACAUCGGCUUGAUUCUGUCCUUAUUAACCUACAUUAUAAAUAGAGGAAAUCUGAACUUAGAGCUGCAGCUAUGUCGGCUUUCCCCAAAAGUUGCAAUCCUUUUGAUGAGGAUGAGGAUGACUUCAAACCAGUAAAGUGGAAUGAACGUGAUGAGCCUGCAAGAGAAGGUCCAGAUAGACAAAGAUAUUUACAACAGGAGGUCAUGAGACGCUCCGAAGCUACUCUAGAUAGCAGUAAUCGCUCGCUGUCUCUCAUUUAUGAGUCUGAACAUGUGGGAAUAGCCACAUCAGAGGAACUUGUGCGGCAAGGGGAGGCCCUCAAGCGUACUGAACGCAUGGUGGAUAAAAUGGAUCAAGAUUUAAAGACGAGUCAAAAACAUAUUAAUAGCAUUAAGAGUGUCUUUGGCGGCCUUGUCAAUUACUUCAAAGCCAAGCCACAAGAGAUCAAGCCGGAGCAGAAUGGGGCCUCUGAGUAUCAAGGAACCAACAGAUUAAAAGAAGCGUUAUCUGUCAGUAAAGAACAGGAGUCAAAGUACCAGGAGAGUCACCCAAAUUUACGGAAGUUGGAUAACUCAGAGUUUAGUUCCAGUGGAACCAGUUCAGAUUCUUCAUCCCACCCUGAUCGAUACCCUAGGAAUCAACAUCUCCGCGCUUGCCAUCAGAAAAUUGAUAGCAACUUAGAGGACAUGUCCUCCGGGUUGGGGCGACUGAAAAAUCUUGCUCUUGGCUUGCAGUCUGAAAUUGAUGAGCAGGAUGAGAUCCUGCAUCGCCUCACCUGCAAAGUUGAUACUUUGGAUGUCAACAUCAAAAGCACAGACAAGAGAAUCAAGGAUGAGCUUUAAGGCAUCCCAGGUGCUCUCACCUCCGUGCAAAACCUACAUGUAUUUUAUGCAGUUGGGCCUCUUAUUGGCCUGCUGCAUUGGGAAAACGCUAGAAAAAGAGGUUGAUAGGACGUCUUGCUGUGAUUAAAUUUGUGAAUAAUGCAAUCUGAGAAAUUUAAGCUACCUUCUUUAACGUGUGUUCGUAAAAGUGCUUUGAAGCAUUGCCUCCUGGAACUUCUGAUUUUGGAGGAAACAUCUCGAUUUUGGACAAUGAUUGAAAAAGGUUAUUACAUCCUGCCUUUCAAUACUCUUUUCGCCUUAAUUGUAGCAGGUAUGUGCAUUGUCUACUUUGCUCAUGGCUCAUGUAUACAUUUUUUGAAAAGGCUAGUUGCAUAUAGUUGAAGUAUAAGAGGCUGGUUGCUCUACGUUUCAGAGCUGGAGCAUGUCAAGAUGCUUCUGGUGCGUAUUAUGAAAAACCACACCAUGGCCUCAAUCUUAAGCUACACCAAUAAAGCAGUAGUUCCCCUGAUCAUUCUCUGAAGCAUUGACUACAGAUUCAGAAAUAGAUUUAGAUGAGAACCCUCAUCCAACUUAAGACUUCAGCAGGGAACUUUUUGUUGGAAUGCUUCAAUGCAAAAUGUUGCCUUUGUGGUUUUUUCCAAACAACACUUUGCUGUUGAAGUUUAGCAGUUCGGUCUUGAUGACUUUAGAUCUUGUAGCAGGCUGUUGCUGCUUGAUCUCUAUUUUAAAAACGAUGCUGGGAAAGAAACUUGAUGGGGGAGGUGUUCCAAAUUUCCACUCAACUGGUUCCAAUGGACAUCAUCAAAAUUCUGCAGCAGGGUUCAGUUUCAGUCGUGAGAUCAGUCUUGUGCUUCUGUGCCCAAGUUAGCUUGGAGUUGUUUGAUUUGUGGCAUGAAUGUUACAUGGCUUUGUUCCCUGAUGAACGAAAGGUCCAUUUCUAAAAUAGUCUUUGUCCUUCCUGGUUACCAUUUUGUUACUGCAGCAUAACUUCUCUUUUUUUGUGUAAACAUCUCCUUAAGUUCUACAUAAUGAUCUUUGUAUACCUGAUAGGAAAAUACCAAUUUUCCUAUAAAUGUCUUCAGUAAAUCACACUAACAAGGAAUUCUGGAAAUAGCAUUUAUUAAAACAAUUGUUUCUCUCAUAUGUUGCUCUUUACUAGGUACCAGCUGGAAUCUAUGUCAAGGAUAUAUCUUCAUAUUGACUUUGACUUUAACCCUCUUCUAAUUCUUUGGCAGUUUGGCAGAAGUCUAUUAUUGCAAUGUCUCAGCACGUCAGAAUUUUACUGUAGUUCCUUAAUCCACUUCUCUCGUAGCCAAGAUUAAGUUUCAACAGCUGAUAUCACUGCCACAAUCUUGAAAAAUAUCUGUGCUUUCCAUCAAAGUACUGUACUUGGGCACAGUGAAGGCUAUUUUUCCAGUUGAGGUUAUUCCUUUCUCAUAUUAGGAACUCAGAUGCUGAUGGUUUUAAUACUGAUGCAUCAUACUCACCCAGGGGGGGAAAAAACUUAUUUUAUUCUCAUUGUUUCCUUCCUGUGGAAUUAAUUCAAGUCUUAACUGUUUAAGAAACAAUAUUGCACAAAGGUUUCAGAUGCAUAUUAAAAAAUUGCUGUGAAUGAUCCACUUGAGUUAAACAGCUAAAAUACUCGCUACUCAUUUUUUCUAUGAAGGCAGCUUUUUAUUGAGAAACUUUGAGAAGGUGCCGCAGUGCCCUGUUUUAAUCACUUUGCCCAUACUGCUUGGAAUGCAGUAUUUUUUAAAACACAGAGGAUUGUAAUAAUUGAAGGAUUUGGAUUUCUCAGAGAUGUUUGGGGCAACUGCCAAAAAGAAAAGAGGACAUGUAUUUCUCGUGUUCAAUUUGCUUUUGAUUGUAAACAGGCAAAAUAUUCCCAACACUGUAACUGAGACCUUUCCAGGUUUGAAUCAGAGAUCUUGCCUUAGCUACACUUUAUACAUUAUUUCAACAUUCCUCUUCUUUCUGAUGUCAUCCCCAUCACGUCUAUCUUAUCUAAUUCAGAAAGUCAACUUGACCAUGUAUUCUACUUGGAGUGUUGUGUUUUAUUGAACUCUUCCAUGGACUAACUUUCUAAAUUAGGUAAGCCUUAUGGUUCAUACCCAACUGCCUAUCAUUGUUCUGCUUGUAGAUUCUUUUGUACCAUCUGCAGAAAGGAAAUGUACGGGUGAGGGUGAGGUGGGACAAAGAUUGCUUUGUAAUAAUGAAAUUCCAUGGCAAAUACUUCCCCUUCUUGGGCAACAUUUGAAUUUAGAUAGGGUUGAAAUCUUGGUUUUUAUACUUCUCUCUACGUAUUUAAAAUUUUCUUCAAAGUGGUUGAUUUCUUGAAAUCUUCAUUGGUGUUAAUUUCCUAUUACCUAGAAUAAAGUGGCUUGAGAAUUGCAGACAAUUGAUUUGGAGGCCUCCAAAGAUGAUUCCUUCUUUCCUUGGAAAAUAUAGCUCAUGUAUUGACUUUGUUUACUUGUCACCUGCUGGCUUCUUAAGACUAUUGAGUCUUUAUCUUUUUUUUUUGCUUCAGGCAUUUGGUGAAAAAAACAUUGCUGUGUUUUUUCUAUCUAGUCCAAACAGAUUUUUGCAGAAGGAAUUCAUCUUUCUCUAACCAAAUAUUUUCACUUUUGUAACCAACUCCUCUCUGGGUUCUUCUUUCAAGGGUGGCGAAAAGAUUUUCCUUUUUUGCUGUUUAGAUGAUCUGUGAAAUUGUUUCCCUAUCUUUUUGCUGUAAACUGAGCUUAUUCCGGCUUUAUAUUUAGCUGUUCUUUUAUUUUUCAUAGAAUGAUGGGAUGGCAAUGGAGUAUUGGAUUGUUGAACUGUGCUGAAUGUGCUAUAGAAUGGUCUGGUGGUCAAUAAAGAUGAUUCUCAAUCUUGA